AUGUUUAUCACCACUUUGUCACAGGAGCAAUUUAGCCGUUUCGACAGGCGUGCCGAAAUCCCUCAGGAACCACCUGGUAAACCUUUGCAUGAUCUCUUGUUCAGUAUUAGUGACAGCAGGUCAGCGCAGUCAGUGGAACCAGAGUCAGUAAGGCAGGGUCAGAGUAAUAGAGAGGUUAACACUCGUCAUGUUAUAAGAUACCUAGAAGGGGGGGAAAACAAAGAUCCGUCAGUAGGGCCCACUGAUAGGGCUCCUUUGGGGGCUUUAGGGAAUGUUAACCCUCUGGGCGUACGUGCCUUUGACGAAGGAGGGGACGCUGGUGGUGGAUGGCACCUUCGUCUCCUGCUACGCCUCCUACCGGCACUCCCUGGCCCACUUCUUCAUGGCACCCGUCGCUCCUUCCCACUCCUUUUGCGACCUCGCCCCGGCUUGCUCUUCUCCGUGGCCGCCUUUGUCAGGGACUCUGCCGUCGACGUGAUGGGCAGCUUCCCCGACCUCCUAGACGCGCUUUCGGGAACCAGCAAGGGCGCGAACCUCCUAGGCUUCCCAACCUGGUCGUCGUCAGCAGCCACUUUGAAGCAGAACAGAAGCCUCGAUGGACUUCUCGUGGAGGAGGGAGAAGGGGAGUCGUACUACGUGAGCCUGGUGAAGCUGGUCGGCUGGACGGCCUUCCGCGGCGAGAGGGCCCCCGAGCAAGUCUUGCAGGUCAACCCACAGCCGGAAGCCGGUCUGCUGCAGGCCAUGAAGAUUCGAUCCAUGUUUUCCAGUCCCCCGUCGCUCUUAGGGGCCCUGGCCAAGUCCUGGUAACAGGCAGAAGCUCCUCGGAGGGUUCUGCAGUUCUGCCAGAGACGCUUCCCAUAAGAUGUCUACAACGUUUGCCCGCGAAAUAUAAGUUUUCUAUGAUAAUGUAAAGACUGUAAACUCUUGCAACACACACACACACACAUAAGUAUUCACACACCUAAGUACAUAAGAUACUUUGCAUUUACGUAAUCAAGGCAAGUCCCGAUUAUAAAGGUCAGUUCUUACUACGCCCUUUAUCUCACUUUUAAGAAAGGAAGAUCAUGAUUUGUUUUAGUCAAAACCCGGAGCACUGAUGAAUAACAGGCUUCAACUAA